AUGUCAACCGGGGCCCACAUGGAUCUAGAGGCGGAGCCGGGCGGCGUCCCGGCGGCCGCCCCACCACCGCCGGCCGACGUUGGCAAUGUUCGCAAAGAUCUAUUCCUCGCGUACAAGACUCUCGGCGUGGUCUUCGGUGGCCUCGUUACCUCUCCGCUCUAUGUUUUUUCCACGAUGCACAUGUCAUCCCCCACAGAAGCUGACUUUCUGGGAAUAUACAGCAUAAUGUUUUGGACUCUUACUUUAAUUGGUGUCGUCAAGUAUGCAGGCAUAGCUCUCAACGCUGAUGAUCACGGUGAAGGUGGUACAUUUGCCAUGUAUUCUCUGUUGUGUAGGCAUGCCAAUAUGGGCAUCCUUCCUUCCAAGAGAGUGUAUUCAGCAGAAGAACAGCUGCUUCACAAUCAGUCAAAAACAACUAAAACCCCUAGUAAUCUGGGCAAGUUCUUUGAGCGAAGCUUAACUGCAAGAAGGGUAUUGUUAUUCAUGUCAAUUCUUGGGAUGUGCAUGCUCAUUGGAGAUGGUGUCCUAACUCCUGCUAUUUCAGUGUUAUCAGCAAUCCAGGGACUGCGCGCGCCAUUUCCUGCUGUGACUCAACCUGUCGUGGCAUUUCUAUCUGCGGCAAUUCUUAUUGGCUUAUUCUUAGUGCAAAAGUAUGGGACUUCAAAAGUAAGCUUUCUGUUUUCUCCAAUCAUGGCAGCAUGGACUUUCACCACUCCGAUGGUUGGAAUAUACAGCAUUUUUCGUUACUACCCCGGCAUAUUCAAAGCCACUUCGCCACAUUAUAUUGUUCAUUUCUUCCUAAAGAAUAAAAAGGAAGGGUGGCAGAUGCUUGGUGCCACUGUUCUAGCCAUCACAGGUGCGGAAGCUAUGUUCGCCGAUCUUGGCCACUUCAGCAAAAAGGCUAUUCAGAUAGCGUUUCUAUCCAGCGUAUAUCCUUCUCUGAUCCUCACUUAUGCCGGGCAAACAGCAUGCCUUAUUAACCAUCUCAAAGACACCGAUCAAGAGAACAUUGGCAAAGUCUUCGAUGAUGCAUUCUACAAAUUUAUCCCUCGCCCUGUUUACUGGCCGAUGUUCGUCAUCGCGACGCUCGCAGCCAUUGUUGCAAGCCAAUCCUUAAUCUCGGCAACAUUUUCUGUCAUCAAGCAAUCAGUUGUCCUGGACUACUUCCCACGUGUCAAAGUGGUGCACACAUCGGAUGAAAAUGAAGGGGAGGUUUACUCGCCAGAAACUAAUUACAUUCUGAUGGUGCUGUGCGUUGGUGUUAUACUAGGCUUUGGAGGUGGACAAGCGAUAGGGAAUGCUUUUGGCCUUGUGGUGAUCAUGGUCAUGCUCAUAACCUCAAUCAUGCUGACUCUUGUGAUGAUCAUCAUAUGGAGAACGCCGCCCGUUCUCAUCGCGGCGUACUUCGUCCCGUUCGUCAUCAUGGAAGGGUCCUAUGUCAGUGCCGUCUUCACCAAGUUCACGGAAGGUGGCUGGCUUCCCUUCGCCAUCUCCAUGAUCCUCGCCUUGAUCAUGUUCGUCUGGUACUACGGCAGGCAAAAGAAAACAGAGUACGAGAGGGCGAACAAGAUAACCGCGGAGCGCCUCGGCGAGCUCUUGGCGAAGCCGGAGGUCCAGAGGGUGCAGGGCCUGUGCUUCUUCUACAGCAACAUACAGGACGGGCUGACCCCCAUACUCGGCCACUACAUCCGCAACAUGAGCUCGCUGCACUCGGUGACGGUCUUCGUGACCCUGAGGUACCUGCUGGUUCCCAAGGUCGACCCGCGGCAGAGGAUCGCGGUCAGGAGGCUCGGGCCGAGAGGGGUGUACCAGUGCACCGUCCAGUACGGCUACGCCGACAACCUGAGCCUCAAGGGCGGCGACGACCUCGCCGCGCGCGUCGUGAGCUGCCUGAAGCAGCACGUCGAGGCGGGCGCCGACGGGCAGCCGUCGCCCGUCUCCGCCGCGGAGGAGGCGGCGGACCUGGAGGCGGCGCGGGCGGCCGGGGUGGUGCACGUCCGGGGCAAGAUGAGGCUCUACGUGGGCGACGACGCCGGCUGGUUCGACAAGGUGAUGCUCCGGUUCUACGAGUUCCUGCACAGCAUCUGCCGGUCGGCGCUGCCGGCCCUCGGGGUGCCCCUGCAGCAGCGCGUCGAGAUCGGCAUGCUCUACAAGGUCUGA